CGAAUGGGGUUUUGUGCUCAGUUGACAUCUGACAACGAAUGCGGUCGUGGCUCGAUUGCCCCCGGUUUUCCCUACUUUCUCGACCCUUAUAGCGCUGGGCGCCUUCUACAAGUGGUCGUGGCAUAAUGGUCGUUCCAAGAAGUUUAGUUCGUCCUUUGUAACGGUUCCAGUUCGGUUGAGGUGGAUAAGUGUAUUAACUGGCCGAACUCUCGGUACUAUUAGUAAUCGGGAAUGAUGUGUUUGCCAAACGGGGGUAGCAGCAAUCGUAUCGAGGGUCUCUCAAAAUCAAUCGUCGUGUACUGAAGUGUAUGUGUGAGCAGUGAGAAUGGAUUGAGUUCAACAACGGCUGUGCAGCGAAAAAAUAUGAAUCAAAUUCUGACAAACAUUCCAAUUUAACUCCCUGAAAAUGAUGAAUGCAGCAAUUCCGCCAAUUGAUCGUCACAACGGUCUCGUCACAAAUAAUAAUUCUGAAGGGAAGCUGCCGUCACCUGACCAACGCUCAAACACGAUCACCACUUCCAACCCCACACUUCGUGAAAACGGAGACCUACAAAUCUACGAGAGUGAUCGCAACAUGGUCGAUAGGGGAAACACCAUUCUGCAGUCUCAGCUCGACAACAACAACAUUACCGACGACGAGACUAGCUCCGAGAAACAAUCUUUACUACCAUCUAGUCGCCCGAAAUUCACCAUUGCACCAGUAUCAAGCCAUCACGGCGAUCAUCAUUCAUCAUCAGAGGCCGUGAGUGAUCACCACGAUCAUCAUCAGAGACAAGAACCACCGCGAUUCACCCACACAUCGACACUGGUGAUCCCAACAAUCCAAGAACCAACCGAAGAAGAUACAGAUACAUAUGAAUGGGAAGCUAUUGGCAACCAGUCGGGUAUGAAUAGUAACAAACAGUCCGGCGAGAAUGUUAAUAUCACGGUCGAUGAUCACUCGGAUGCCAUCUAUCAGAUUGACAAUGGUCCAGUCCCGAUGUCGACCGCGACGGCAACUACGGCUUGUACACUAGCGUUACCACCAAUUAGUUCUACAUAUUCAGCAAAUCCGCGACCAAGUCAUGCAGGCUUGCGUACAGUCAAGUCAGCUCACAGAUUGCACAAUGUUCACGAAUCCUUUGCACCAAAAGCAUCUGCCAAGAUGCACCGAACUAGUUCCUACGUAUUUGGCGAUGCAUCCAUAAACAAUCGUGUAUUUACGGAUACCACGUCAAUUCGUUCUUUGGCUUCAAUAGGAAUGGGCUCGACAGAUGGAAGAAAGAUGGUUAUAAGACGGGUGCCCACAUCCCCCACCGAACUCUUGAAAAUAGUCAAUCCACAGACGCCAAUACCAAAUGGGGGAGACGACGACGACGAAAGCUAUGGCGGUGUCUCAGACGAUCCCGAUGCGGCCAAUUUAAAACCUCGGCGACAACAUUGGGCCAACAAAAUGCAAUUUGUCCUAGCGUGCAUUGGUUACUCAGUGGGUUUAGGAAACGUUUGGCGGUUUCCAUAUUUAUGUUAUAAAAGCGGUGGAGGUGUAUUCCUUAUACCGUACUUGAUCAUCUUAGUCAUAUGUGGUAUUCCAAUGUUGUUCAUGGAGUUAGCAGUUGGACAAUACACAGGUCGAGGACCCAUAGGAGCCUUAGGGCAAAUCUGUCCCCUGUUCAAAGGUGCUGGUCUUGGAGGUGUUAUUGUAUCAUUCAUAAUGUCAACCUAUUAUAGUGUAAUUAUCGCCUAUGCUAUCUACUACUUUUUCACAUCAUUCAAGCCUGUGAUGCCAUGGACGGACUGCAACAACAGAUGGAACACUCCAGACUGUUGGGUACCGCAGCGAUUGGAUGCUAACAUAACCCCAUCGAAUCUUUCAAGAACACCCUCAGAAGAGUUCUUCGAAAACAAAGUUCUAAAAAUCAGUGCUGGCAUUGAAUAUGCGGGAAGUAUGCGAUGGGAACUGGUAGCAUGUUUGAUUUGUGCUUGGCUUUUGGUCUAUUUUGCAAUAUGGAAGUCAAUUAAGUCAUCUGCGAAGGUUCGAUACUUCACGGCAACAUUCCCUUUUGUCCUGAUCAUUGUUCUCAUGGGACGAGCUUUAACUCUGGAUGGUGCUGAGGAUGGACUCAGAUUCUUCUUCCGUCCAAAAUGGGAGCUAUUGCAACAUGCUAAUGUUUGGAUAAAUGCAGCAGCACAAAAUUUCAACUCGUUAGGUAUCGCCUUUGGCUCCAUGAUAUCGUUCGCUAGUUACAACAAGUACAACAACAAUAUCCUGCACGAUACCUUAGCCGUCUCAGCAGUAAAUGCUGUAACCAGUAUCCUAGUUGGUGUUUUUGCCUUUGCAACUCUGGGCAAUCUGGCUUUUGAGCAAAAUACUUCAAUUGAGAACGCAAUCAGUGAUGGUCCUGGAUUGAUUUUUGUGGUAUACCCUCAGGCUAUGGCGAAAAUGCCAGCAGGACAAAUGUGGGCGGUGAUGUUUUUCUUCAUGUUGUUGUGCCUAGGACUGAAUAGUCAGUUUGCUAUAGUCGAGGUUGUGGUGACCGCAAUUCAAGAUGGUUUCCCAGACUGGAUCAAGCGAAAACUUAUCUACCAUGAACUUCUUGUUCUGAUUAUCUGCAUAAUUUCAUUCUUCUUUGGUCUUCCGAAUUUAAUUCAGGGUGGAAUAUACUUCUUCCAACUAGUCGAUCAUUAUGCCGCGUCGAUUUCAAUAAUGUUCCUUGCAUUCUUCCAAAUAAUUGCGAUAGCCUGGUUUUACGGUGUCAACAGGCUUUCCAAAAACGUUAAACAAAUGACUGGGAAAGCACCUUCUUUCUACUUCACGUCAUGUUGGCUCAUCUGUGCUCCAUUCCUGCUCAUUAGCCUUUGGAUAUUCAGCUUGAUCAACUACCAACAACCAACAUAUCACAACGGAAGAUAUGUCUACCCCGACUGGGCCUAUGGUAUCGGAUGGUCAAUCGCAGCAUUGUCGUUAAUAUGCAUACCAGCCUACGCUAUUGUGAGCAUCUUUCGUGCCGGAGGAAACAACUGUUUCGACAAAUUGAAAGGAACUACCACACCAAACAUAUACGAGUGUCGAAUAUGCGGCGAACACCAUUGCGAGCAUGAUUUCCCCGAUGAGCAAUAUGUCCUGCCACAAGAGAUGACUCCCAUAAUCCAUCCCAAGAUUCUCCUGAAAACCCCACCGCCUGGCCACAUUAGCCGAAUAAAUCCGCCUCUGAUGAAGCAUAAUUCAACCGUCGAGGAAGUCAACGAGGAGCCAGAAUCGCCAAAAAGUUGAUUACUGCAUGGCAGUAUUAAAAGCUAAAACUUCUUUGUAAAUAAUGAAUGCAGAAAGAAAUACGCAUGAUAAGAUCACAAAGUUAUUUUCACCCGAAUAUAGUCCAGAAAGUUGCAUACAAGUAAGGGAUUAAGGGACCAUGCCCAGUGGUGGAGCCCUCAACACAUCUACACGUUCAACUUUGUUUGAUCAUUUUAAAACAUUUCACCAUUAAAUUAAUUUGUAUUGUUUUGUUGUCAUUUCCACAAUUAGUGUUAGUUUCACUUUAAGUUCGAGAAAUAUCAUUAAUGAGCUAUAGAUACUUUUUCUUGAACAUAUUGUUCAAAAAAAUCAUUUUAUCUUUUUGGAAAAUCGUCAAUGUAACGCAAUUUCGAAAUAUUUAAAUUUACAAAAUAAAAAUAUGAAGAGCU